CAUUGUGGGGGGAGAUUCCUUCCUUCCUUCCUUCCUCUGGACCUAUAAGACUCUAUUAAGUCUCUUGCUUCCAUCACAAACUGCUGCGUCUCUACGAUGUUCCCAAGGCAUAAGUUAUGCCGUGACAUCAUCCGCACGAAUUUUGACGUGGAAUGCUCUGUUAGCACAACUAUAUUUUUAUGUGAAUCAAGAAGAAGAAGGCGUUAUUGUUCUCGUUGUUAUCGUUGUUUGUCCGUAAUAUAAAUACACCACCACCUAAAACCCAUUCCUCGAUGUCCAAACAUCCCCAUUCCUACUGAGAAGCUAAUCCAACAACACCACCGCCAAUUCGAAUUAACCAACAGCGCUGCAAUCGGCAGAUGAGCGACGGCGAUCGCGGCCCCGCGAUGACAACCACGGCCGUUGGCCUCUGCCUCCUCCCGGCGGAGCUCCUCCAGGAGAUCUUCUUCCGCCUGGCCCUGCCGGACCUCUUCCGCCUCCGGUCCGUCUCCAGGGACCUCGGUUCCCUCGUCUCCGGCGGUGACUUCCGCCGCCUGUACAACCUGCGCUCCGGCCGCGGCGGCGGAUGGCUCUUCGUCUACAAGAAGCGGCCCCCCCGCGACUCCGUACUCCGUGGCUUCAACGACCGAUCCGGCCGGUGGUUCCAUAUACCGGUGGCCGGGAUCCUCGCGCCGGCUGUGCCCCCUGGUGAGGACCUCUACUUCCUGGCGGCUUCCGGCGGGCUCUUCCUCUUCGCUUCAAACGGCCGCCGCGAGCUCCUCGUGGUCAACCUGGCCACCCGCGCGGUGCGGCGGAUUCCGCCCAGCCCGCUCGGGCCGCGCGGCACUUCCUCGUGGAGGCGGGCCGGAUUGAAGCUGGUGGCCGACCCCUACGGCGCCGAUCGCUUCCGCUUCCUCUUCGCCGAGAUGGUCGGCAACCGCCCCGUGCUUUUCGAGUACAGCUCCGACGUGGACGCCUGGCGCGCGAUCCAGGCGAGCGAGGGCGCCACGGGAGGCGGGAACGUCGGCGGCAGGGACGUAUGCCUGAACCUGGUUCACAUCGGGGGCGAGAGCGUGGUGCUCUCGUGCGCAGGCAAGGGAGGGGGAAGAGAUGAGCGGCCGCCGCCGGUCGCUCACAGGCCGAGGUUUCCAGAAGGUUUCCAGGGGGGACCGCCGGUGGGGAUGACGACGAGCGACCGGUUCCACGUGUACGGCGACGGGAACGUGGCGGUGGUGCGGUCGGCAGCGGCGGAUGUGGCGGGCAGCGGCGGCAGCAGCGCCACCACACGGGCGCGGGUGGUGACGAGCGUGCAGCUGCUGGGGCUGAGCGAGAUCGGGAGUGAGUGGGAGCUGACGUCGACGGCACCGGCGGCGGUGGUGGAGGAGGCGUUGAGGAGGCGGCCGUACGGGGUGAUGAUGGGGUGCGUGGUGGAGCGAGAAGGGGUGGUGGGGAUCGUGCUCAUGUCCAACUGCAGGGGGUCGUGGGGCCUGGCAUGGCUCUCCUACCACCGAACUCAAAGGAAGUGGGCGUGCGUCCCCGUGCCCGACUGCGGGACCAAAGGCCUCAACAUGGCCGGCAUCGCCCUCUCCUCCACCUUCUCCCGGUCACUUUGGCCUUCCCUCUGCUCCUCCUCGUCCUCCUCUCCAAGCGAGCAAGCAGAUUGAUUGCAUCGACAACAACUUAGCUUUUCCACAAGAAGAGUGUUACAAGCAUGAUCAUCACAACGAUAAUUAUAUCCCCAUUCUUCCCUCUGUGUGUAUGUAUGAUUGUGUCCUGCGGCGUGCGGUGCAGCGCUGCUUUUUACCCUCUCCCACCCGUAUAUAGUUAUGUACCAAAGACUAAAACCUCUGUCCACAACAGCACAGAGCAGCGCAGGGCAAAGCAGAGCAGGAAUUGGCAGCCACUCUGAAUUCAUUGUCCCAAAGUUGCCCUCCGAAAUCUUUUUCAUGUGAGUCGAGCGACCGGCCGACCUGAAUCUGUCUCUCACAGACUACACCUCGAAGCUCACAGGUGACAUCGGCAUGGUAUCCAUCACCAGCGGGUGGAGCCAUAGUAGUUGGCCAGCACGUGUAUCUCAACUCCGUUUCCUCUCUCUGCUUGCUCUCUCGCCUGAUGGACUCUGCUUGCGUCCUACAAACCACCGCUCCGUUGGGCUUUCUUUGGACGGAAUCGCCACCGGAAGCUCUCGAGGGCGUCGUGAGAGACCCCUCUACUCUCUUUUGGUCUUCCAUUAAGGCAACCAGUCGCGCUCAUUCAAAGUUUAGUUGAACGGAAGGUAAGCUUCAUGAACAAGGCAAUGUGGGGAUGUUGCUGGAUUCCUAAAUCGAACUAAUAAAAUCUUAUUUUGGCAUGUAAUCUUCGACACUCUACUCGAUCUGGAGUUCGAUUAUUCAUCACUUCACCUAUAAAAUCUUUCUUCCUUCAGCUUUGUAAGAUUCUACAAUCCAUCUCGGCAUCAAAGAAAUCAAGUUUGAAAUCU